AUGUGGCCUUGUCUCCCCGAUCGUAGGUGGUGGGUGAAGUCUUCCGAACAACCUGGGGUAACGAUGCUUGAAGGCACCGCUGACAAUUUGCUCAAGUUGUUCUUGGACAAUGGAGGGGAAAUUUCCCUGGACCUUAUCAUGGAAGCAACUAUCUCAGGCAAAGAGUAUCAGAAGCUGCUUGUAGUGGACUGA